ACCCGAAACCAUCGCCACCCUCUCCUCCAGCCGCCUCCUCGCAUCUUUUCACCGUCCCAAACAUCUCAAACCCUAGCCGCCACCUACCACGUGCUGCCGCCUCCUCCACCACUCUGCCGCCUCCUCCUUCGCCGAGCCCGUCGCCGCUUCCAUCGCCGGGUGCGCCGCCUCCGCCGCCGCUUUCUUCGCCGGUGCCGCCUCCUUCGUCGUCGCCGCGGCCUCCGUCCCCCGUUCGCCGGGUUGGAUAGGACGGCCUAGAUCGCCUUCAACCCUAGCCGUCGUCUCCUUCGCCUACUCCACCGCUCCGCCGUCGCCUCCUUCGCCGAGCCCGCCGCCAUCUUCAUCGCCGACUUCGUCGGGUCUGCGCUGCAAGAGGCUCUCCACACUGCGUCAUCUUCACCGAUCUGUGUCGUCUUUACCAAAAACACAUUGCCCCUGCCUCUCCACGCCGCCGCCGCCGACCCUCACCAACCUUCACCUCGUCGAUCUGCACUGGCAAGAGGCAGGUAUGCAUGAAUCAAAGAUCGUGAGUCUUAGAUUCUUGAAUAAACACAGGUCAUUUGCCAUGUGGAUGUAGAGAGCAGUCAUUCACCAUGACAUAAAGACAACAAGCAUUCUUCUUCGCCAGAUUAGAAGCUAAGGUCACGGAAUUAGGCCGGAAAAAAAGAAGAGAAAAGGAAGAAAAGGGGAGGAGGGGCGGAGGGCGAAACGCCGGAACACGGAAAAACCUCACUCUCCUUGCGAGACCUAAAGUUGAGAGGCUGAGGGAUCAAGAGGAGAGAUCGAAGGCGGCCGUCCAGCGGCAGCGGCGAUCCCAUGGCGGAGCGCGCUCCGACGGCGGCUGUUGGUGAGGAGCACGCCAUGGACGCGGAGGCCCCAGCCUCCGUUGCCGCCGCCGGCGGCGACAGGCGGAGCGCAGCGAGGGUUUUCGCCGUUCUCCGUAGUUUUCUCGCCGUGCAGCAGCGCCGCGCCGAGGCGUACUCAACGCUCCGAAGAGGGUUUUCUGCAUACAUGGCUAAUGGAAGUGAAUUAGCUUUUCAACAACUAUGUGGGAGUGUUACAGCGGAGUUCAAUGAUUGCUCAAAACAAGUUAUUGAAAUGGUAGCCCUCCUCUCAACGCCAGAAAUUUGUCGUAGCGAUGUUGCCAACUUACUGAAAGAUGUGCAGGCACACGAGAGAGAGAAGUUGCAUCUGACGGCAAGAAUUCAGGUAUUGAAGAAAGCUGGUCGUCCUUCGGAACGCCUGGUGAACCAUGCGGAUUGUAGGUCGAGCAAUAUGGCCCAACACGUCUGCGUGCAUGUCAAAGAGAUAACCGAGGCUGCUGGAACCGAGGAUGCAGAGGCAGAUGCUGAGUAUGAUGGUGCUCUCAAGGAGGCCAUACAGGGUGUUCAAGCGGCAGUGACCAGCAUAAACGAACACAUGGAGGAGGUGCGGUAUGAGAUCGAUGCCCUUGAGUCGGAAAUAGUCGGUAAUAACUUGGCUGAAGUUGAGGAAGCUUUUCCUGAUACUCUAUUGAUAAAAUAGAGCAGUUACCUACUCGCAGUAGACAGAGUGCAAACAAACAUUUGGCGUGAAUUUCUGGGACAAACAAACAAGCUGUUCAUGUUCCUUUGGGGACCUCCCCAAAAAAAUGGGAAGGUUUUUUUGUUUACGCCUGCAUUGCUUCUUUUUCUUUUGGUCGUUUGAAUUCAGAGGAAUGUGGGCUGUAAUUGGAAGAUGCUGUGAAUAUUGUUAUACUGAUACUGUAUACUCAUACCAGUAUUUUUAGUUUUUAAAGGCACAGGCUAUGAUCAAUUUCUCUGAUGGGGUCUCCAAAUUUGAUAUUCGAGGGGCUUUGGAGGUGGAGAAAUUGAUGUCAUCAUUUAAUCGGAUGGUCCACUGAC